AACCCCUACCUGGGCCACCGUCACCUAAGUGCGCAACAAGCGCAACUCCUCGGCGAGUACUAUCGUCUCUCUCAGACUCUCAAGCGCAUCCUUGCCCUCUCUGGUGCCCUCUCUGCAACGAAGCCUCACGCUCAAGUGUUGGACUUACUCCGAUUGACCGAGCGCAAGAUGGGUCUGGUCAUCACACUCUUCAAGGCGAGCGUGUGGAGCAUCAUGGUUGAGCAGGAGGAGAGGAAUCGAGCA